UGUCUGCCAUCAGCAGCUUAGGGUACGCUUGUGAGGGCAAAGGAGGAUCACGGGUAAUUACGCAUCAAGGUGGGAGGUGUGAACAUUGUCAGAAAGAGGUGGAAGCACCAGAGACUGGGAGAUGGUCACAGAAGGGACGCUCGAUGUCGGGAUGUGGAGCUGGGUGUGUGGACUGCUUUGAUAGAUCGCUAUCGUAUUUCGGGUUUGUGUUUUUGGCGACGACACACAGAGACAGUCUACAACCUCUGAGGCGAAGACAUGGGUGACAGCAUCAUCACCGUCAACGUGGGUGGCCGCAGGUUCGAGAUAGGAAAGGAUGUCCUAUCCAGAUUCCCUGAGUCUACUCUAGGACGUCUGACGUCAUACACAAAGAAGGAAGUGUUCUUCCAGAGACCCACGCCUGUGUUCAAGUCCGUCCUUGGGUACCAUCAGACCGGGCACCUGCAUCUACCAGCUUCUGUUUGUCUCGGUGCUGUACAGGAGGAGCUGGAGUUCUGGGGCUUCACUGUUGACGACGUCGAGCCGUGUUGUCGACGUGCGCUCACAGGCUUCCACAGACAGCAACAUGACGUGUACGAGUUUGAGAAAGAGACAGCACCGGUGUCAACGGAGUCAAAGAAACAGUCUACGUCAGCCUUCUCGAGGGGAAGACGUCGUCUGUGGAGGGUAAUGGAUCAGCCGUUUUCAUCAACAAUUGCAAAGAUAUACUUCGUGAUCUCCUGCUUUGUGAUCGUCGCGGCCACUCUACUUACUGUCCUGGGAACAGAACCUUACUUCAAAGGAACUCUGCAGAACGAGCACUGGAAGGAGUACUUUGGACAAGAGUAUUUCGACAAGCAUUACGACAAGAUCAGGCUUGCGGACAAAGGGUCUGACCCUGUGGUGAUGAAAGAAAUCACUGAGAGACACAACAAGACAGCUGGAGAAAUCCUUGGUAAUUUCAGUCUCCCCACAAACGUCCAUGUAAAGAACGAGAACAUGGAACUAGUGAGUUACAUCUGCACCGGCUUCUUCACACUGGAGCUUCUGUUGAGGCUCUGCUGCUGCCCAAGUUUAUUCCGUUUCUUCAGGUCUUUACUGAACAUCAUCGACGUGUUGGCAGUUGUAUCAGCUCUUGUUAAGAUCAUCGUUGAGCAGCUGUCAGCCGUUGAGAAAUUCGAGCAUUCUUACCUGGACAUUCUUGAAGGCAUGUUGGUCCUUCGGGUUUUGAGGCUGUUCCAUUUGACGAAGCACAUCACGGGUGCUCGGGUUCUGGUGUACGCUUUCAAAUCUUCAUUUAGGGAGGUUGGUUUUAUGGCUCUUUUAGUUCUCAUUACCUCCAUCGUGUUUGGAACAGUGGAGUACUAUGUCGAUUCUGAUCGUAUGCAGAGUAUACCGGAAGCGUGCUGGUGGGCAGUGAUCACCAUGACGACGGUUGGUUACGGGGACGUAACUCCGUCUAAUGCUGUUUCUAAGAGCGUUGGAGUGAUAUGUGCCUGCAUGGGCAUCUUGGUACUGGCAAUAACUAUGCCAUUGUUUGUCAACAACUUUAUAACAUUUUAUUCCAUCGCCAAAGAAACAUCGGACAAAGCAAAGGCCAAGACCAGUAGCAGCGAACCACGUACCGCGCUUUCAACAGUUCAUCCUGUUGUAUUACAUCGAAACCAGAAGGAGAACAAUCAUGAAGAUGUCCCAAACAAGAACUGAACUAUAACGGAUUGUUUGUCGUUCAACAUCGCUCUCAGCAUAUUCCAGGACAAGGAUGGUGAUCUGUUAAUAUGUCAGACAGUGAUUUGUAUAAUGUACAGUGUGCCACGCUGACAAGCCAUCAACCAAUUCACGAAGUCAGAA